AUGGCCAAGGGACUCGAGUCCGAGCGCCACCUUUGCGAGGCAAAGACCCUCAUGGCGGAGGCGGACCCCCAGGUGCAGCUGGCGCAAUGCUGGGGGGCUCCCUUCAAGUAUCGCCUCUACUCCGCCAGCGUGGAGAAGAUGAGCCUCCUUCAGUCUGACUUUAACAUGCUCUGGACAGCCUGCGUGGACCAGGAUGGUGUUGCAGACGCUGCUGAGCGCACCUCGCUGAUUCUGAAGCCGCUGGCGGAGCACCCCGAAAUUCAGGACCUGACACAUCGUCUCGAGGGUCUCGCCAUGAAGGUGCUGCAGGUGCUGUGCCAGACCUUGCGGCACACGAGUGAGAUGCCGCUGAAAAGCGACGUGAUGAAAGAGGUGGAGAAAGUGUCCGACUGCGGCAUCUCAGAAGAUGAGCGAGAGCGCCUGUACCGACACCUCACGGACAACCUGCCGGCAAUGCCAAGUGACAGGCCCAUGUGCUUGGUUCACGACCCUCACGCUCGGGGAGUUGUGGCCAUCCGAUCCCUGGAGAACUUGGUCAAGCAUUUCGAGGACAUCUCCUCCCUGAUCAUUGGGGAAGACAUCUUCUAG